AUGGACGGCAUUAACAAUACCAAUGUGAAAGAAUUUAUUUUGCUGGGAUUCUCUAAUUCUCAACAGCUACAGUGGCCUCUGUUUAUUUUCAUCUUAAUAACGUAUGUUAUAUGUGUGACUUGUAACAUUAUUAUCAUUGUUCUUGUUAAAACCGACAAUUAUCUUCACACACCAAUGUAUUUUUUUAUUAGUACUUUUGCUGUAUUAGAAAUUAUGUUUGUGUCAGUUGGGAUUCCAAAACUCCUCACCAAUCUUAUUGUGUCAGACAAGAGAAUUUCUUUCACUAGCUGCUUUUUACAGCUGUAUUUUUUACAUGCAUUGGGAGAAACUGAAUGUUGUCUACUUGCUGUUAUGGCUUUCGAUCGAGACUUGGCUAUUAACAAUCCUUUGAGGUAUUCAGAGUUUAUGAGUAAGGAAUUUUGUAUUGCUAUUUCAAUAUUCCCAUGGAUUGUUGGUUUCACCAUUUCUUCCAUUCCCACAAUCGUUACAGCUGGAUUACAAUAUUGUGGUCAUAAUGUGCUCGACCAUUUCAUGUGCGAUAUGGCGCCAUUACAGAAUCUGGCUUGUUCCAACCCUUACUUCAGUAAUAUGGCUAUAAGUACUGUAGCUGUUUUUACUGUAGUUUUUCCAUUUUUCAUCAUCAUGGGAUUUUACAUCCAUAUUAUAAUUACUAUAUGUAGAAUUAAAAGUAUUGAAGGUAAAAGGAAAGCAUUCUCUACAUGCUCUUCCCAUAUUCUAGUAUCUAGUUUAUUCUACAGUUCAGUCAUUGUUGUAUAUAUCAGGCCUAAGGGAAGUCAAUAUGAUAAAUAUUUAGCUCUCAUAUACACAGCCAUUAUUCCAGUUUUGAACCCAUUUAUUUAUACAAUAAGAAACAAAGAUGUGAAGAAAGCAUUUAUAAAGUCAAUUAAACAGUGUAUCACUCAAUGGCCACCACUGUGGGAUUGUGCCUCAGACACCACGCGGCUAUGCGGUCUGCACUCUGACCCAUACUUUCACGCUACCCCGGCUCUUAGUUGUGGAUCUUCAGGGCUCACCUCACAUGAAUGCGGAGCUUGCUCUAAUGCAAAGCAGGUGCUGCAGAUCUUCUCUGUAAUGGGCCAGCGAUACACUUACCCUGAAGGCUCCUCAGCACAUGAAGUGAACUGGACUACUGGGCAGUCAGGACUUCCGCUGUUCACACAGCAUCGGCAUACGCAGCAGGUCCCUGAUCCGCAGCUAUCCACAUCACCUAGAAGCACUCUGCUACUGUCCCAGCUGUGGAAGCUGGAACCCAACCGGCCGAAUGUCUCGGGCUACAAACGGCAUCCAAUGGUUGCAGCAGCCGUGACAUGUCUCAGUUGUGGCUCAGCUCAAAUGUGA